ACAGCAGCGAAGAGCUGACAGAUAGUUAUGAGCAGGACAUAUUUUUAAUCAAUCGUACGUUUGUUUUUGAGGUAUGUAAUUGUUUUGCCGAUAAGUGGUAGUGAUCGAUUAAAAUGAAUUGUUGAUUGUCAUUGGAAAACACCAUUUUUUGUGUUUUCUCUUUGGAGGUGAACGAAACAGGAAAUGAAAAUUUGAACAGACACAAUUUGUUCAUGUACAUAUCUCUUUCGUACAUUCCGAGAGCAUCGAUUAUAGGCAUUGUUGUGAUAUGAAGCGAAUAGUUCAUACGUUCAUCAGACUGCGGCCAUUCUCUGGCAGAACUUUGUUAUUCACACUGGCGCUAGGAUCGAUAGUCACAAUAGUUAUAUGGACGUUCUUCAUAUCAGAUGUAAGCAAAGCAAAACAGUGUUUUCAACUAAAAACCACUUCUGUUGGCGAUAGCCCAGUAUCGAUAAUCUUCUUCGAAGAUGUGCUUGAGUCAAAGAAGCGUCCAACACCGGGAAAGUCCAUAUUUUUCCACGAGACAUCAUGUACAAACGAUGGUCUAAUUCAUUUGAAUGCGAGGCAAGCGUGUGCCAUAGAAUCAGCCGCUUUACUUAAUCCAAACUGGGAUAUCUUUGUGCUGUUUGCAUCCCCUGUUGGAGUUUUAAACGAAACUACUGCUCAACCUCCUAUAGUAAAAGCAUUGCAAUCAUAUGCAAACAUUUUUUUUCGAAAUAUCAACUUAUGGACGUAUGCAGAAAACACACCACUAGAAGAUUGGUUCUUGAGCGAUGAACUAUUUCUUUCACAAUAUCUUAAUUCACACGUAUCUGAUUUUUUACGAUAUUUAAGUCUUUACAAAUAUGGAGGAACAUAUCUCGAUCUGGAUGUGAUAGUACUUAGAUCUUUUGAAAAUAUGACCUCGAAUUAUGCAGGUGCUGAGUCAGAAAAUUUUGUUGCGGCCGGCAUACUUAACUUUGACCAUGAUGGAAUUGGACAUGAAAUAAGUGAAAUGUGUAUACGCGAGUUUUAUGAGGAUUUCAAUGGAAACGAUUGGGGCUACAAUGGGCCUGGUGUCAUAACGAGAGUCUUGAAGACAAUUUGUCAUGUAAACAAGCCACCGGAAAUGACAACAGAACAGUGUUUAGGAUUCAAAGUGUAUCCACCGAGGUCUUUCUAUGCAGUACCAUGGCCAAAAUGGUACAUGUUUUUCGACGAAGAUAAAUACAACAAAACAAUGGAAAUGACAAAAGACUCAAUCGCAAUUCACGUAUGGAACAAACAUUCAAAACAACGGAAAUUGAAGGUCGGAACGAAAGCUGCUUAUGGGAUGAUUGCAGAGAAAAACUGCCCGAAAGUGUAUCUUUCAACUGAUAAAUAUUUUUAGAUCUGACUUUGUAGACGCUAUAGCAAACGAACAAACUAUAUCAUAGUAUUGACAUAUAUCAGGCAUUUUAAAAUAUAACGAUUAUAUUUGUGCCAAAUAAAAUCCCUUAAGACCAAAUUCAUAUUCUUCAAUACCUUUCAGUACUGGUCCACACGAUUUGAGUGCUAUUCAUAGGUUUUUGCACUGCAUUGCGCUGAAAUCGUGUGAGCAAAUACUUAUGUAUAUGUAUUAGAGAGUAUAUCUGAUUCCAAAGAUCAAAAAUAUAAAUCAGUAUUACUUAAAAAUUUCAAUUAAAUUGAAAUGAAUAAAGAAUUUAAAUGUAAA